ACGCCCAUCCGGGUUCCCGCCCAUCCGGGUUCCCGCCCGCCCUUCCUCCCGUCAGCCCCACAGCCGCGGCAAAAUGGCGCAGCCGGUUCUCCUCAAGGACACGAAGCUGCUGGACGUGAAGCUGGGCCAGCUGCCCACAUGGCUGGCCAUGAGGGACUUCACCCCCGGUGGCAUCAUGGGGGCCAUGCAAAGAGGUUAUGAGAGAUACUACAACAAAUACAUCAAUGUGAAGAAAGGGGGCCUUGGUGGGGUCUCCAUGGUGCUGGCUGGUUACGUUGUUCUCAGCUACGUCUGGAGCUACAGCCACAUCAAACACGACCGCCACAGAAAGUACCACUGAAAGGUGAAGGUGCAGCUCCUGAACAGCCUCAGCUGAAGUAAAUUUGGAUUAUUCUGACCAAUAAUAAAGUGCACACACUUUAUGCUUCCUGA